GGGUGACUUCACGUGACGUUUGCGGAAGUAAACAAAAUCAAGUAGUUCCGUAUAAUACACGUUUAAGUGAGUCCUAUCGUAUAACGUAUAGCUUCGCGGUUGGACUUUGUAAACUGGUUGUUGUCGUGUCCACCCAAGAGUGACUCAGUGUGACUCUGUACGACUCUGUACAUAGCAACAGGCUACAUGUAAAUUGUUUGUUGGGUUUCCAAGAUGAUGUCAUGGUGUUAACACGCCUUACUGCCGACCAUUUACACUGACUUCCUAGUAGCCACUUCAUCUUUUUAGAUGAGCUGGCUGGCCCUGGUUUUUUUGGGGUUUUUUUUAGGUGUGUAAUUACUUCAAUCUCAGCAAAACAAACUUGCUACAGGCAAAGUUUGCGAGGCCUUAGAUUCACAUCCGUCGUAUUUGAACUAAAUAUUCAGAGAAAUAUAAAUACAUUUAUUCCCUUAAAUAUAGUUUUACUUGGGCAGCCGGUGAAGUUUUCCAAAUCUGUUAUGGAGGCUGCUGAAGACGAGAAAACAGGGACAGCACAAGCUCAAGAAGGUAUUUAUAACCACAUUCUUAUUUUGUGACUUUGAUUAUCAUAGGUGUAAGUGUUGUAUCUUUGUAUGGUGUGCAAAAGAGAUAUGUAGCCUCUUGUGUGUGGGUUUAGUUAGUAAUAUUAUUAGUAAAGUAUUUGUACAGUACAUGAUAUGAAUUGUUAUAAUAAUAGAAUAUAAGAAUAAUAGAAUAUAAGAAUUGUUGAAAUAAUAUUGUGAUAAGAAGAAAAGUUUGGAGCAGUCAUUGAUUUAAUAACCCCCAAAAAUAACAGUUUUGUGUUGUAUUGUGACUAAAAAGACACUUCCUAUAUUUCUUUGGUCUAAGUGGAACUUGUGUUGUCGGUAUGAUAAGAAGUAUGACACAUCCUACUCUCUUACACAGCUUUUGGGUUUGAGAGAUUAUUACAGUCCUUUAAAAAGACCCAGAAUUAUAAUGUAUUAUAAACUGUAGAAACACGGCGGAUGAGCUCAAGUGAAAAGGUUGCAGAGCUUUUAGACCACAUAUAUUCUAACUAUUUCAACUUUUGUAAUUUAGGUAAGCUUUGCCUAAUGCAAAAAUGUGGGUGGUGAAGUGAAAGGGUUCAAAGGUUGAAACCUGAAUUACAGCCACGCCAGUAGUCUAAAGCAAGAGCUGCCCCUUGUGAGACCUGAUCUCUGGAAAUGAAGUGCAACAUACCUGCUAACUUUUUUUUUCUUUUUUUUUUACAUUGGUCAUUGAUUUAUGAAUACAUUUGAAAUCGGUUUAAAUUGUUUACUGAGGUGGUAGGUAUAGCCUCUAAUAUGCUGAUGCAAGUGAGGAAAGGAGUUUUUUUUUUUUUUUUUUUUUUAAAUCCUAAACCUGUAACAGUAGUGUUUGUCAGUCUUAUAUUUUACUUAGACUAUUUUACUUUCACUAUGUCUAUGUGAACGGAUCUUGAAAAAAAAAAACUUACAAUAAAUAAAAUACAUAUAUGAAAACAAGCUAAGCUAUCUUUUCAAAAUUGGGUUAGCUAUUAAUUUGUUAAACUGAAUGCUAAAUCCAUAAAUGCAACUUUGAAUGACACUUUGUGUGGAAAUAACCUCUGCGAUUGUUCUCACUUGGAUCCAGAUGCAUCUAAACAAGACCCCAAAGACCUUGAUGUCUGCAAGUUUUUCCUGAAAGGCAGGUGUCAUUUUGGAGACAGAUGUCGCCUGUCUCACAGGGCCUGAGAAAAAGAUGCGCAUGCGCACAGCAGAUGAUGUCAUUAACAGGAUUCUUUGGGAUACUACUGUGGACCCAGCAGACUUUAUAGUUGGCCAUCUGGACCGCUUUCUGGGAGUUCUGGAACGUCCUUUCUCUGACUUCUCCUGGGACACUCAGGUAUGUGACUGUGACUAUUCAGAGGAAAUGGCUAUUCCUCGCCACAGGAUCCAGUACUUCAGCUAUAAAGGCCAGCGUGUGUGGGACAGAGACAGUCGCACUGACCACGUGUUUGGCUCCACAGGACAGUCAGUAAUGUCCCCAUUUGAUAAUGGGGAUCAACCACAAGAAAAUUUUGCUCCAGAUACAGCAGAAGACAAUGAAGAAAAUGAGCAGGGCUACGUAAACCACAGCUUAAUGGGAGCUGAAGAUGAGGGAACUCUCAGUGAUGCGGGAGAAACAUUAGAUUGUUGCACAAAUACACAAACUGACAAAGUCUGUGAGGAUGCAGGUCUAGCUCAAGAGGCAGAGGUACUGUCCAUCUCUCCAGGAGACGAACAAAUCACAACACAGGAUGAAUGGACAGACAGCUGCGACAAGGAGGAAAUGAAGGAGGAAGAAGUGGAGCCUACGCAGCCCAUACCUCAAGAACCACGCCCAGGACGCCAAAAACGCAAGCCCACUCAUUUCAUUUGCUUCCGCGUGGACUCACCUGCUGCCUUGAGGGCCUUCCAGCUUGUCCAGAAGAAAGUUCUGACCCACUUGCCCCAGUCUGAGCCGUUGUGGGUGAACCCAGAGUCGUUGCAUAUUACUCUCUCUUUGCUCGUUCUUAAAGGCCCUGCGGAUGUCUUUGCUGCUUGCGAGCUCUUUCGCUCGGUGGUCAAAACCUUCUACAAACCACCCAUCUCUGUCUUCUUCACUCCUAGACUGAGGCACUUCAAUGGAAAAGUUCUCCAUGUAGCCCCCCAGCCCCACUCGGACAUCCAGAACCUGAACACUCCCUUCCAGGAAGCGUUCAGGGAGAAAGGCUGGCUCCAUCGUGACUCGCGAAACCCUACCUACCAUCUCACGCUAGCUAAAGUGACAGAAGUGGAAGCAGAAAGGAUAUUUGAAGAUGUGUGGCAGAUUAAACUGGCUAAGGAUUUGAAUUUUGGGAAGCUAACAGUGGACAAGUUGUAUCUGUGCGUCAACAAUGCUCCACGGGCUGCUGAUGGAUUUUAUGAGACACUGUGUUCUGUGCAGUUGCCCACUGUAUAACAGCAAAAGGUUGAUUAUAAUAAAUAAUAGUGGAAGUAAUUUUUUUACAUACCAAGCAACAAAGAAAAUCUGGGGAGAUGCCAUCCACAGCUGGCUUUGUCAACUGUAUUUACAUCGUAACAUCUGUAUUUACAUAAUGUCCAAAUAAUUUUAGUGAUGUUUUUUUUUUAUUAAUGAUUUUAAGCUAAUUUAAAGAAAAUGAAUCACAAUUUAUGCCAUUUUACAGCAUGUGAGGUUAUGUUCAAUUAAAAGAUAUAUAAUUUAAAGAAGCAGUACAUAACUUUUGGGGAUUUAGGGGUUUGGAGACCUCUCUGAUAGUAAUACGUAAUUGCAAGCAACUCUUUGAAGAAUGCUUUGUCAUGUUGGUUGUUAGUUACCUCUUUAUUGUGCAGGUUUAUCUGAUAUAGAUAAUCAGGGUUUACUCAGUUUAGGCGUGUCACCUUUACUACCGCAAUUAUUUUAACUGAUAGGUUAUCAGUCAUUACAUUUUACAUCCAUGUUUAUGUUCCAGAAAGAGUUUGUACAAGUUAGGCAUGUCACAUUUAUUAUAGCAAUUAUUUGAACUGAUCUGUUUCCACAAUAAUCAUGUUUGUCACAAUACAAACUACGUGUGUUUUCAUCAGUUGGCAAAUAAAUAGCAACAUUCUGAAACA